UCAUAUUCCACCUGAGAGAUUACAAGAGAGGAGCUACGUUUUGAAGGUUUAAUUAACUGAUUAUUUAUUUUCCUCGAACAAAUAUGAAAACAAAUGCAGCUGAUACGAUUAUGGCACUUAAUUAUACAUCUGACAAGAAUUUGAAACGCGUACAUCUGGGAGGACAACCAUUCUCUGUGAAACAAGUUAUUUGGUUCGUCGCCGACACCACAUGGAUGGUGUUGAUAACAGUUGCAAUCGUCAUUUUGUUGAGCAUAAUGGGAGAAAUUCGCAAGUUCCUCGUGGACCCUGCUUACGUGAAAUAUCUUAUUUUGCUAGGUGGUUUCAUCCCACUACUUCUCUUUCUUUCCGUGAAGAAGCUUCAAAUGCACUGUCUCAUUGUUAGCAUACUGCUUGGAUUAACAGUUACAAUGUGGUCUGUGUGCUUCUCUGCCUUUUUGGGGCCCAUGAUUUUGAUUCCUGGAUUAGUGUCACUGGGUGUGACAAUUUUGCUAUCGGUCAUCACGGUUAUGUUGGCUUUAAAGCUGCCACCAUUGAGUGAAAAAGGAUUGUUUGUUUUGCUGACGACAACACUUUUUGUUAUGUGUUUGGUAUUCGCUGAGGCAGCUGCGGCGUUCACUGACAAAAAAUAUGAGCUGUUCACUGUACAAGGAGUACUGUCCUGCCUGUUUGUACUCAUUAUGAUGUUCAUCUUUGUCAAUAAACGACAAUUAAUUCUGGAGCGUCUGUCACCUCAAUGCUCAUCAACGUUCCUAGCAUUUAUCGUCUGGUGUUCGAUGAUAUGUUUGUUCACGCAAAUAUUAAUCUGCUUUCCAUCAUGGAGUGCCAAUAAAGAGAAACAAUAAUGCAAACAUUUCCAAUUUCUAUUCUUCACAUUCAAAAAUGUUAAACAAGCAAUUUUAUUCACUGUACUUCUAUUAAUGACCAAUUUAAAAUCUAUUCUCUUCAUUCUGAACACUGAAUGAUCCUUUGAUUUUCUGCAGUGUGUCAAUUGAUUCAAUAUAAAAUUAGAAGCGAAAAAUGAAUUAAAUUAAAGUCGUUUGUUUGUUUGUUCGACAUGUUUUCCACUGUUAUUUCAGUG